AUGGACAUGUCUACGCGGCGAGACGCGGCAAACGACAGCUCACGAGGGCCAGCGCAGCCUUCAAACGCAAACACAUCGAACUCGCACGAUUCGAACUCCUCAGGGGCCAACCGGCCAAUGACUCCUACAAAACCAAAGGGCGUCACAUGGGCAGAGGACCAGUUGACGUUUUAUCGCGAAGGAACUCCACCUCCCUUGGACCAUGACGGUUACCAACAGGACAGCUUGAGCACAGGCCCGCAUGCUGCUGGCGCGUACUCGUACGAUUACAGCUACGAUCACGUGGCUCCUCCUGCUCCUAUCCCACAGGCAACAAUAUGCGGCCUCGGCAAGCGAUUGUUUUGCAUGAUUGUCGCCGCAGCCAUUCUAGUUGUCGCAAUCGCUGUUGGCGUGGGCGUGGGCGUGGGAGUGGGUACGAGACAUGAUUCAACAUCAGACGAACAUGACUCCUCCACUAUUACUACUCCAUCGGUCCAUACCGUCACUCCAACCUCGAUAGCGGCCAACCCCACGCAGACGGCUCUGCUGGCCUGUCCCGCAGCGAACAAUACCAAGUACGAAGUCCUGUCGGUUAGAAAGACCUUUUUACGGGUGUGCGGAGUCGACUAUACCGGCAGCGAAGGGGCGGCCGACUUGGGUGUUGUGUGGACGUCCAGCAUGCAGGACUGCAUGAAUAGCUGCGCUGGAUACCCGGACUGCACCGGGUGCAGUUGGGGCAUGAUCCCUGGGGACGCUGGCAGCGAUCACAGAUGCUGGCUGAAGAGCGAGUUGAAGACGCCUACUGCCGUUCGGAGCGGCUGGGAAUUUGCCAUUUUGCAGUGA